GGCGGGGCUGCAUCGGCACUGGCCGAGGCCCUGCCCCUCAGCACGGUUACGUCGCAGUCUCCAACACGGGGCUUUGCUGGUAGCGGGGACCUUGAGGGCAAACCAUAGAAAUGGUCUCCUAUCCAAUGACAAGCACAGCUGGCCGUGCAAGGGAUGUGCAGUCUCUGCUACUGGAUGCAGAGGCAUCACAGGUGUUGGGACCUGGUGUCUGCGGGAGUCGGAGGCCAUCACGUGUCCUCCUUCAUCGGGAUGAUCCACCGAGCCCUCCUGCAUGAUGCCAGAGUCCUGCCUCAGUCUCUCUACCUGAAGACUUUUCCUAAUAUCUCACCAUGGCCAGAAAACCUGACAUCCUUUCACAUCUGCAGGAGCUCACAGAGGAGAAUUUUAAAGAAUUCAGAUACCGGUUAUGCAGCUUGGCAUUUGAUGACAAAUCCCCAGUUUGCCGUAGCAAGCUGGACAAGGCUGGCUGUGUAGAUGUUGCAGCUCUCCUGAGAGAGCACUAUGGUGAGGAGAGAGCAGUGGAUGCGGCUAUCGAAACCUUCAAUAUGAUCAAUCGGAGGGACUUGGCUGGGAAACUCCAAGCGGAAAAGGACGGCGAUUCAUUUCCUGAUAUGAAGGGAUGGGAAACCAGAGCAGCAGAAUCAGUAACCUUCUCCUACAAGCCCUUGAUGACCUUUUGCAAGAAGACUUCAGAAGGUUUAAGGAUGAAUUAUCACACUCUGACUUUAGAGGAAAGGGCAGGAUCCCACGAGGGCGACUGGAGAAUGCCGACAGGAUAGACACCAAGAACUUCCUCAUGGAUUUCUAUGGGGCAGAUGCUGCAGUAGAUGUAACCAUUGAAGUUUUCACUCGGGUCAAUCUCAGGGACGCCGCUGCCCGACUGCGAGAGGAAAGACAGAAAGCUUUGGGCCCUGACCAAACCCAUGGAAGAAGAGCAGCAGGUUACAGGGAGAAGUACACUGCACACGUACAGGACAAGUAUGGAGUAAUAAAAGACAGGAACUCUCUUCUUGGUGAGAACGUAAUUCUAGACAGCAGAUACACCAAGCUGAUUAUUGUAAAGGAAACACGUGCCAGAAAGGAAAGACAACAUGAAAUAAUGGCCUCCGGACAGAGACAUGCAGAAAUCAUGUCUGAGCAAAAGAGAUCCAUCACCAUUGGUGACUUAUUUGCAGCUGAUGAGAAGGGGAAAACUCCGCGAAUUGCUGUGUUGCUGGGAGCUGCAGGGAUUGGGAAAACACUGACAGCAAAAAAGAUCAUGUUUGACUGGGCGGCUGGAAAGCUUUACAAGAAGUUUGAUUAUGUUUUCUACAUAAACUGCAGAGAAGUUAACUUUGACACGGAGCAGGGAAGUGUUGCAGAUUUGAUGCUAAGGAAUUGUCCUGAUCGAUAUGCACCGAUUGAAGCAAUGUUGGGGAAUCCCGAGACACUCCUGUUCAUAAUCGAUGGUUUUGAUGAACUGAGGUUUUCCUUGGUUCAGCCGGAAAAGAGUCUGUGCUCUGAUCCCCAGGAGAAAAAACCAAUGGAAAUCGUGCUGAGCAGUUUAGUCCAGAAAAAAGUCCUUGAGAAAUGCUCCUUACUCGUUACUACAAGACCAGCUGCUGUGGAGGAGCUCGGGCAGUGCUUGAACAACGAGCGCUAUGCUGAAAUCCUGGGGUUUUCAGAAACUGAGAGGAGAGAAUACUUUGACAAAUAUUUUGGCGAUGAAGGGACAGCAAGAAAAGCCUUGAAUUUUGUAAAAGCAAAUGAAAUGCUCUUCACCAUGUGCUUUGUCCCUGUUGUCUGUUGGAUCGUCUGCAGUGUCAUCAAGCAGCAGAUGGAUGAGGGUGAAGAACUUGCACAGACUUCGACAACAGUCACAGGAGUGUACCUGCUCUACCUUUACAAUUUACUGAGGGAUCCAAGAAGCAAGUCAAAGCAACUCCUACAAACUAACUUGAAAGGACUUUGCUCCUUGGCUGCAGAUGGGGUCUGCAGGCAGAAAAUCCUGUUCGAAGCAGAGGAGCUGAAGAAGCACGGCUUAGACACAUCUGACUCCCUCUUUCUGAAUGAGAACCUCUUUCACAAAAGCACUGACUGUGAAUGUCUCUACAGCUUCAUCCACUUGUCUUUUCAAGAGUUUUUUGCAGCUUUGUUUUAUGCUCUGGAAGAGGAAGCGGCGGCAGUAGACAAAGGCUCAGGAAAUGACAUAAAAGCUUUGGCAGCUUUGUUAGCCAACUAUGGGAAAUCUAGAAAUCAUUUAAUGUUAACAGUGAGAUUUCUGUUUGGUCUCUUAAAUGAAGAGAGAAUGAAGGACAUUGAGAAAAAACUGAGCUGCAAAAUGUCAUUGAAAAUUAAACCAGAAUUACUGAAAUGGAUUAAAACAAAACCCCAAAGACCUUGGGACUUACAUGGGCAGAGGUCAGGUUUUUCAUCUCCAGCUGAAGAGCUUGAUCAGCUUGAGGAAUUUCACUGUUUGUAUGAAAUUCAAGAUGAAAAAUUUGUGCAAAGUGCAUUGAGUCAUUUAACAGCUGUGAAGUUAAGUUAUCAUAUAUUUACCCAAAUGGAUCAAGAGGUGCUUGCGUUCUGUGUAAGAAAUUGCCACCAAUUAGAGUCGCUUCUUCUAGACGCUUGUGAAUUCAGAUACGAAGGCCUAAAUGAAGAUGUUUCAAGAUCCCAAAAGCUGCCACCUCUGGAACAGGAGACUCACUCAUCUAUUUACCUGCUGUGUCAAGCACUGAAAGACCCACGCUGUAACGUGAAAAAGCUACGGUUGUGGGAUUGCCGUCUCACACCCGCCUGCUGUGGGGAUCUCGCCGCUGCUCUCAGCACCAGCCCCAGCCUGACAGAGCUGGAUCUGAGUUAUAACUCUGAUCUGGGGGCUGGCGGCGUGCGGCUGCUGUGCGAGGGACUGAGACAUCCCAGCUGCAAGCUGCAGACACUGCGGUUGCAGCGUUGCAAUCUCACACCCGCCUGCUGUGGGCAUCUCGCCGCUGCUCUCAGCACCAGCCCCAGCCUGACGGAGCUGCACCUGAAUGGUAACCAUGAUCUGGGGGCUGGCAGUGUGCGGCUGCUGUGCAAGGGACUGAGACAUCCCAGCUGCAAGUUGCAGACACUGCGGUUGCAGUGGUGCAAUCUCACACCCGCCUGCUGUGGGGAUCUCGCCGCUGCUCUCAGCACCAGCCCCAGCCUGACGGAGCUGGACCUGAGUUAUAACAAGGGGCUGGGGGCUGGCGGCGUGCGGCUGCUGUGCAAGGGACUGAGACAUCCCAGCUGCAAGUUGCAGACACUGCGAUUGAGCCUCUGUGGACUAAACGCGGAAACAAAGCAAGAGCUGGAGGACGUGAAAGGAAUGAAGCCUGGUUUGGUCAUAGAGGUAUUAGAGGUGGACUAGGAGGAAGAUGCUUCUUCAGCUCCUUGGUCUGUCUCGUCAGAUCUGACCCAUGAUCCUAAGAAAAAGUGAAAAAAAAAGUCACACUUACACGGCUGCCACUGCUGUGAUAUCACACAGAGCACUGCCAGGCUGGGAGUGCAAAUCCUUCCACCAUGGGAAAUAGUCCCUACCCCAGGCCUGGGGUCCCUGCACCAGAGGGAAUUGCCCCCGCUCUCUCCUCCAGGAAGAAAAAGUGAAAAAAAACAACUAGUGAGGAGCAAACAGGAUUUAGUACAGCAGAGUGAUCACAGCGGGCCCGUCCUGCCCUGGCCUUUAGGACAUCAGCGUGUUUCCCCCUCCUGUAGCAACAGACGGCAACUGCCUGGGACAGACACGGGGCAACCCCCAGCACUGCUGGGCUCUGCCUCCCGCUCGGGGAGGGAAGUGGGGUCUAGCAGCUACAGCACGGGAUGGGGAACAAGGACCAGACAGACCGAUAAUGGGACAGAGGGCCCCAACAAGCAAUGGCCUCAGGUGUGAGCUCCUUCCUCCUUGCCUUUCCCAGCCCCUCCUCCUCGUGGCUCUGCAGCAAGGGCCCCGUGGUGCUCCAGCUGGGCACUGCCCCCCACCUGCCCCCACUGGGGCUCCCUCCAAACCAGGCCAGGAGCUGGGAGAUUGUCCCCCUUUGUCCUGCAAGUGGCACAGACCCCAGCCACGAUCAGUGUCCUUCCAGAACCGGCCCUGCCAGACCGGCUCCCCAGACCUAGCACCCAGGCAGCACCCCCUCUACACACAUACAUCUCAACACACACACUCAUGCACAUGCCACCCCCGCCCUACACUCCAGAGGGUACGGGCAUGUGAUCCCAGCCUUUCCUGCCCUUCCCGCUCCACUCCUGAACACUGCUCCCGGCCGUCCACAGCCCCAGAGGGAGUUAUGGUGAACUGUUAUGGGGAUACGGUGGCGGGGAAGGUUGCUGACCUGGCCUGCGACAGCUGAUCCAAACUCCCUUUGUGGCCCUUGGGUCCAAAUAAUGGCCCACCACUGCUCUAAUAAGACCCCUAUGGCCCUGGACAGCUCCAGCCCAGGGGCCCAUGACAGGAAUAAACCAGAUGAUUUCCACUGUCAGGAUGAGUCAGAGGUGAGAGGACAGGAGUGAACCCGACCAGAGAGGAGCCUGGCCCCUUUGCAGAGCACUGCUCUUCUAGCAUGAGUCCCCCACGCAGCCGCUCCCCUUGGUGCUAGGUCUCAGCGCUGUGGAAAGGCGAGAGGCAGCCCGGCACCUUGGAGCUGCAGGUCUCCAGGGAGGCUGGCUGCCCGACUGCUUGCGCGGCGCUGCAUGUUCUUCAUUAACGAAAAGUCAGGCUUGAAGUUAAAAUCCUUGCCUGGGGCCUCUGUCCAUCCUACAUACAGAGGGGCAGGAACAUGGGAGCCUUCCUCCCCCUGCCUCCCCCAGCAGUAGCAGGGGAAACCCUAUCCUCUUGGCAGAGGCAAGAGAAACAGAAACACGGUUCAGCUCUACUCCAGCAGAGGCAGGGAUGGCAUCACAGCACUUUCUUUCAUGGCUGGAACGUGCUGCCUGAAUGGGUUGCAGUUGGGCCAGGUGUGCAACCUGGGGUCGGCUACAGUCAGAAGAGGAAGAGCACAGCUCGGGGGUUAGGCGAUCCACAGCGUAUGGGUGCAGGAUCCCAUUCCCCAGGCUGAGGACACCUUGCUUACGCAGAAGUGUAGUUUCACACAUCCAAGGCAUGUGUAAACAGGGAGGAAAACAUGUACGGCCAUAGGACUACAUUGAGAAGGAGACACAUUGGUCCACCAUAGAAAAAAAUGCUGCUAUGAGAUCAAAACCAGGGCAGUGUGCAAAAUGGUAUGUAUGUUGAUGACCAGUACGUUAAUGACCAUUCAGUCUGUCCUGGACCAGCAUCUUCAGGAGCUUGUGAUCUGCAUUAAUUCUGACCAGGCCUGUUGUGGGUUCAUGCUUACCCCAUCCCAAUGGAGAGAGGGAGAGAGACAGAGAGCGACUGCAAGCACCAGAAGUAAAAGCACCUUGUCCACCCCAAACGUACCUCUGCAGUGAAUCCAUCAAUUCGAGACAGUCCCCUGAGAGAACUGGAAGAAAGAAAGGAGGAAGACCCCAACAAGUGAGAACAUAUGGUUCAUCAGAUAACCUCGGAGGGAGCCCAACCCGCAACUGCUGCAGCUUCUGAGCUCGUUCAGUGGCGGCCGUAACUGAAGUAACCCAGGGGCAGGCCAAGCCCUGCGAGCCCGAACCCACAUGGUCACCCCUGAAAAAGAGAAACCUUCCCAGAGCCCCACUGGCCUUUGUACACCAAAACCCUGUCUGGCUUUAUAGAUGCCCAACUGAAAGACCUGAGAGUGGCCAAGCUUUAUCAAUAUGUAGGAGACCUCGGGACCACGGGGAUGGAGCUGCUAAUUUCAGCACCCAGGUGCAGAUGCUAUUUAGUGCCCCCCGCCCCCACCCUGCCCUUUCAUCACUAAAAUGAUUCACUCAUGCCUUAAUAACUAGCUCUUCAUAAACAAGUGAUGUGCUGGCAUUUUAAUAAUAAAAUGUACCUUACCUACA